UAGAGCGUACGAGCAUGGAAAGGGAUUAUCCAUUUGAAAUCUAACUUUCAAGCACUCGUGCAAGAACGAGUACGGGCUCGACGAUAAGAUCUGAGCCAAAAACAAUUAGAUUGGGGAACAGGCGGACUGGGAAGUUUUACAUUAGUAUGUAAAGCAUGGUCGACUGGGACAAGCUUGCCUGAGCAUGCUAUUUUUAAAUUGUACCUCCAACACAGCUAAUAAAUUGCAGCCAGGCAAGUUGACUCCCAUUACGAAUGGGCAAUCCCCAGAUGGAGUGUGUAGUGCAAGGGAUUAUUGAAACACAGCAUGUUGAUGCCCUAGAGAUCCUUCUUCGUGGUCUUUGUGGUGUUCCCAAAGAACAAGUUAGAGUCCAUGAACUGUGCCUAAAAAGUGGACCAAACCUCGGUGUUGUGCCUUCCGAGCUUCGUCUAUUGUGUGAUUUGGUGCACCCAACACCUUCAUGGACUGUGAGACAUGUUGGGGGUGCAAUGAGAGGAGCUGGAGCCGACCAAAUUUCUGUUUUGGUUAGAACUGUGGUGGAAAGCAAAGUGAGCAAUAAUGUACUCCGUUUCUUCUACGGACUUGGCUACAAGUUGGACCACGAAAUCUUAAAGGUGGGCUUUGCAUUCACCUUCCCUCGAGGUGCCCAGAUCAUUGUCACUGUAACUUCAGCACAUAAAAUGCCAAAGCUUCAUGCCAUAGAUGAAGCUGUGCCCAUCACUCCUAACAUACAAAUGGUAGAAAUUACGGCCCCUGCCACAGCUGAAAAUUAUAAUGAAGUUGUGGCAGCAGUUUCAUCAUUUUGUGAAUACUUAGCUCCGUUAUUGCAUCUCUCAAAACCAGGAGUCUCAGCAGGUAUUGUUGCCACUGCUUCUGCGGCUGCUGCAUCGCUUAUGUCAAAUAGUGCCAGUAAGCCUCUAUAGUAACUGUUUUCCACAGAAUUCGUCUGUUAGGCUUAUUUUCCUAUUUUGCAGGAACUAUAGCAGCCAAAAUAUACUCCUUUUUUUUAAUGGCAAU